CCAAAUUAGAGGAGAUUUUGAGAAUUUGAGCGAUGAAGAAGACUUAGAAGAAGAAAGUAUGAGAUUUGCUCGACAAGAAAGCAUGCGAUCACAACAACAAUGGGAAGAAAGACAAAGAUUUCGAGCAAGAACAACUGGAAGAGGUAAUAUUUAUGAAGAGGGAGGUGGCUCUGGCAGUGGUGCUACCAGUGGUUUCAAUAGAGCAGGAGCUCGAUCUUAUAGUGGUCGAGAAGCUGGAGGUAGUGGACGACAAUGGAUCAAUCCUGAUGCCCCUGAAGCUAGACUAAAGGCAAUGGAUCCUAUUUUAGAAAGAAGCAAGAGUGCGAAACAACCAAAACUCAACACAAAGUUACUGAAAGGUUUAAGAAGUAAAUUAGGAAAAGCGGUUGGAAAAUUCCUAAUUUAUAAUCGGAUUCCAGCGAAUGUAGCUGACUCUCCAUUUAUGCAACCUAUGCUUGAUAUUGCUGCAGAGGUUGGAAAGGGGGUGAAGGGUCCAUCACCCUAUGAGAUAUCUGAAAUUUAUUUGGAGCAAGAGUAUCAAGAAAUGAAAAAUUAUAUAGCUUCUUUGCUGGAAUUUGGAAGGAAAGAGGUGUAACACUUAUGUGUGAUGGUUGGUCAGGACCAACUAGAAAACACAUUAUAAACUUUUUAGUUUAUUGCGAUAGAGGCACCGUGUUUCACAAAUCAGUUGAUGCCUCUGAUGUGCCAAGCAGAACAGCUGAAUAUUAUUUCAGAUUAAUGGAUGAGGUGGUUGAAGAAAUUGGAGAGGAGAAUGUUGUUCAAGUAGUGACUGAUAAUGAAGCUGCAAUGAAGGCAGGAGGAAAAUUAUUGAUGCAGAAGAGGCCCAAUCUCUAUUGGACAGCAUGUGCAGCUCAUUGCAUAGACCUUAUUCUUGAAGAUAUUGGUAAGAAAAGUAACGUGAAGAAGGUCUUAGAAGAUGCAAGAACAAUAACCUCAUUUAUUUACAACCACACAUGGACAGUGAAUUUCAUGAAGAAAUUCACAAAUAAUAGAGAGUUACUUCGCCCUGCCAUCACUCGAUUUGCCACAAAUUUCAUUGCUUUGGAGACUAUUGUCAGGCAUAAACAAGCACUAAGGGAAAUGUUUACAUCUGAUGCUUGGAAAAACUCAAGAUUUGGAAUGGCAAAAUCAGGCCCAGCAUAUGAUUCGAAGAAAAUUAUCUUAGGCAAAGAGUUUUGGCAAAAGGCCUCUGAUAUAAUUAAAGUGCAAGAACCCUUGGUGAAAGUUCUUAAAUUGGUUGAUGGUGAUGAAAAACCAACCAUGGGCUUCAUAUACGAGGCAAUUGAUAGGGCGAAGUUGGCCAUUCAAAAAGAUUGCCGGUUUUACAAAGAUUAUUGGAAAAUUAUUGACAACCGGUGGAGUUUUCAGUUGCACCAAGAUUUGCACGCUGCUGGGUAUUUUUUGAACCCACAAUUUCUUUAUGGUGCCCCACCCUCUCCUGAAGUUGCUAGAGAAGUCAUGGAUGGAGUUAAAAAAGUGAUAACCAAGUUGGUACCCGAUAUAGAUACUCAAAUUCGGGCUAUUAAUCAAUUGUUGCUAUAUCGAGAUAGGCAAGAGACUUUUGGAACCCCAUUGGCUCAAAGGGCAGUGAAACAAACAAAUCCUGCUGAAUGGUGGAUUCAUUAUGGCUUGUGUGCUCCUGAACUCCAAAGAAUAGCAAUUAGAGUUCUUAGCCAGACCACAUCAGCUUCGAACUGUGAGCGUAAUUGGAGCACCUUUAGCCUCAUCCAUACGAAAACAAGAAAUAGAUUAAAGUACAUGAGACUACAAAAACUUGUUUUCGUACAUUACAACAUGAGGUUAAAGUUAAGACGUACAAUGAGAAGAAGCCAACGAGAAAUUGAAGAGGGUUUCAAUCCUAUCAAUUUGGACUACAUUUUCGAAGAAGAUGAUCCUUUAAGUCAAUGGUUAGAGGAGAGAGAGACACCACUACUCGACGGUCAGGACAAUUCAAAUUGGUUAAAUGAAGAGGUUGGUGGUACUACAGAAGGAGGUGAUCAACCACCAAUAAACGCGCAUGAUGAUUCAAGUUCAAGCCCUGAACGUACACAAAGUGAUGACAAUCUUGGUUUGAGCCCACCAAGUGAUGAUGAUGGUAAUAGUGGUGCUGGAGCUGGGGUUGGGGGGGGUGGCAGUGGUGGUGGUGGAGGCGGCGGUGUAGAAUAUAAUUAUGGAUAUGAUACAGGGACAUCAUUUGGAAGGGAUAUAUAUCCUUCUGAUCCUUAUGGACUACAUGACAUACCUGAAAAUUAUGACUUGGGUAUUCCUCCAAGGAACCAAUCUUCACAACCCAGGAGAAGGAGUGCUCGUGGUGACCCUAACGAUUCUACUGAAGAUUCAUAUGGUGUGGUUCGUAGUUUUGGCGACUUUGGUUUAGAUGGUUCAUCAUCACAAUCAUAUGGAUCUCAUCCAGCAUAUCCACAUUAUGCAUCUCGUGACUCACAUUUUUAUCCCAGUGGAUCAGGAAUCUCAGGAUCUAGUGAGUCUUCUUCUACACACUACCCAGAGCCAGCCCCUGCCCCAACUUAUAGACAUUAUUCAGGAGAAUUUUCAUCACCAGUACAUUUUCAAGAGCAACAACAAAAUGACGUAAACUUAGGUUCAUUCAACUAUGUAUUUCCACAAGGAUGGGGAGAUAAUUUCCCAUCCCAAUCCCAAGAUACAGAUGCAAAUUAUGAAGACCCUCCACGUCAUUCUUUUUGGUGGUGACAUGUGUUAUGUUACAAAUUUGUAAUAUUGUAUUCAUGUAUUUUCAACUAUUUAUUGAUAUUUGAUAUUAAUCACUUUUUAAAUU